CCACCUCUAAAAAAUAUCGUGCACAAAAUAAUAUCUUUCACAAUUAUAUAUGGACGGUAAUUGACAUAUAUUCAAAAUCUCCUCUACAUUUUUCUACAAUAAAAAGGGGAAUAGUCAUCUGGAUGGAUAAUCGUGAUCCACAUGUGGUGAUCUUACCGUUCCCGGCUCAAGGCCACAUCAAGCCGAUGCUGAUGUUAGCCGAGCUCCUGAGCCAGGCCGGCCUCGCCAUAUCCUUCGUCAACACUGAGCAUAGCCACCGCCGCCUCCUCGACGGAGCCGCCUUCCGCCGCCGCUGCCCGGGGAUCAAUUUUCUUACCAUUCCCGACGGACUGCCGCCGGACCACCCGCGAAGCGGUCCUGGUAUUGUGGAUCUAUUGCUCUCAACGAGUACCGCCUGCGAACCGAAUUUCAAAGACCUGAUCGCGUCUAUGAGCCACGCGCCGGCGUGUAUAAUUUCCGACGGAAUCAUGUCGUUUGCCGUCGACGUGGCGGCGGAGCUCGGGAUUCCGGCGAUUGCUUUUAGAACUUACAGUGCUACUGCGACUUGGACCUACUUUCAUCUCGAGAAGCUCAUGGAAGAAAUUCCUGUUGUUGCAAAUGCAGAAAGUGAAGAGUUGGAGAGGCGAGUCCGGUGCGUUCCCGGUCUGGAAGACAUCCUGCGUCAACGCGACUUCCCUCAGUUAUGCAGUUUAGGUCCCCGCAGCCCAAUCAUGCAAUUCUACAUCACUCAAGCCGCCAAAAUGCGCAACGCCUCCGCUCUCAUUCUCAACACCUUCCACCACCUCGAAGCUCCCAUGCUCUCCCGCCUCCGCUCCAUCUUCCCUGCAGUUUACGCAGUCGGCCCGCUUCGCUCUCCCGCUUCCUCCACUUCCACCAGUCUGCUGCAGAUGGACCAAUCCUGCAUCCACUGGCUCGAUUCCCAGCCGCCCGGCUCGGUGCUCUAUGUCAGCUUCGGCAGCGUCGCAGUGCUCACCCCCGACCAUCUUAUGGAGUUUUGGCACGGAUUGGUCAACAGCGGGAGCCCCUUCCUGUGGGCCAUACGCCCCGACUUGAUACGCGACGCCGAUAGCUUGGCCACGCUCCCCGUCCCCGAGGAGAUGAGGACGAGCGAGCGCGGCCGGAUCGUGGGGUGGGCCCCGCAGGAGGAGGUCCUGGCCCACGACGCCGUGGGGGGGUUCUUGACGCACUGCGGAUGGAACUCGAUUCUGGAGAGCGUGUGGGCUGGGAAGCCCAUGAUUUGCCGACCCCUGGUGGCGGAGCAGCAAGUGAACGGGAGGUGCGCGAGUGAGAUGUGGGGGUUGGGGUUCGAUUUGAACUGCGUUUGUGACCGAUCCACGGUGGAGAGAGUGGUCAGGGAUUUGAUGGAGGGUAGUGGGAAACAAGGGAUUUUGAGAUCGACGGCUGAGAUGGCUAGGUUGGCAAGGGAUAGCGUUCGUGAUGGUGGGUCGUCGCAUACAAGUCUCAACAGCUUGGUUGCAGAUAUUAAGAUGCUGCACGCAAAAGCUCAAAAUUCACCUUCUAACUAAAUUUCUCCAAACUGUAAUACAUAUAUUAUCACUACCGAAUUGUUAUUUGAGAUGAGGAGUUUACAUUUUAUAAUUUAAUUUAUAAGAUAUUUGAUUAA